AUGUGGUCUGAAAUUUUACUAUCGUUCUCGAUUCUUUCCAAUGGUCGAGCAAUCCUUAGUACACAGAAACCCAACGAUGGAGCAUUAACCUGUCUACAUGGCAUGAGGUUUUUGUCAGUACUUUGGGUCAUUAUGGUGCACACGUAUCUAACUAUUUUCUACAUGGCAGACAACAAAACAAUGCGAAUUGUGACAGAACGUAACUUCUUUUACCAAUCCGUGGGCAAUGCGUCUUAUUGUGUCGAUACAUUCUUCUUCAUCAGCGGUCUACUAGUGACUAUCUUAUUCUUGAGAACUGAAGACAAAAAAGCCAGUAAAAAGAUUGGUGAAAAUGCGAAACGCACCGAUCAAGACGUAAACAAGAAUAUCAACGGUUUUUCAAAUUCCGCGUUAUCGGUAUCCGUCAUAAGCCAAGAAUCCUUUUACGAAGAUAUCCUCGAUAAGCCGACGCCAAAAGGAUAUUCUCAGCAGGAAAUAUUUCGUAUGACAAAAUCAUUUCUGCUCCUUCUCCUAUAUAGAGUCGUUCGAUUAACUCCAGCGUAUGCUUUUGUUAUCGGCCUGAAUGAACUGGCUCUUCGAUACACUUACGAUAAUACUGUAUUUGAGCCUGCUAUCUUCGAUCAUAUUACUUGUGAUCAUUAUUGGUGGAGAAACUUGCUAUACAUUAAUAAUCUAUUUCCACAAAAGGAGAUGUGCAUGGUGUGGUCUUGGUAUAUGGCCAACGACACGCAGUUCUAUGUAGUCGGCAUAAUACUGUUACUAAUAUCUGUUAAACACACGAAGAUCGCAAUGGCAUCCCUGAUUUUAAUAAUGGUUAGUUCCUGGGGAACCACCAUUUAUAUUUCAGUUUGGCAUCAAUAUAAGGCUCGCAUACAAGAGCCCUUCGAAAUGUUCGAUCCCCUUUAUGACAAACCCUGGUCUCGUAUUGGUCCAUAUUUAGUAGGAAUGAUAGUGGGAUGGUACCUCCAUAAAACCAAGUGCCAAGUUCGUAUUCCAUACUGGCUAGUGGUUAUAGGAUGGCCAACGGCACUGGUUAUCAUCAGCAGCCUGAUCUUUGGCAUGACAGAUGGAUACUUUGAAGUUUGGCCUACUGCGUUUUAUAUAAGCAUCGGGCACACAGCAUGGGGAGUAGCAUUAGCAUGGGUGUCUGUUGCGUGCUGUUGCGGGUACGGAGGUCUGAUCAACUCCGCCCUUUCAUAUCGCGGCUUUCUACCUCUCAGCAGACUGACCUACUGCUCCUAUUUAGUGCAUCCCACCAUCAUGAUGUACACUGUUUUCUUAUUGGAUGGACCCCUACAUUUACAAAACUCUAUGGUUCUCGCGAUAUACGCGGGGUAUGCGGUCAUGGCGUUCUUGGCGUCAUUUGCCAUUUCCUUGGCAUUCGAAGCACCAGCGGUGCGACUGUUGAAGAUCACAGGGAAAAAAAGGAAACAAUCCACCAAU